AUGGAAAGAGCGCCUACUUGCAUUUCGAUCGGAGGAUUUAAUCCAAAGAAGGCUCCAGGUGCGGAUGGUUUCACCGCGGACAUAUGCGGUCGAGCUAUACACCAGGACCCGGACGCCUUCCUUGCCCUGUACAAUAAGUGCCUAGAAAUAGGAUACUUCCCGGACACCUGGAAGGAAGCCACAGUGGUGGCAUUGAGAAAACCGGGCAAGGAAGAUUACACGAACCCCAAAUCAUAUAGACCAAUAGGCCUGCUGCCAGUUUUGGGGAAGGUCCUGGAAAAGAUGAUAGUAGCAAGGAUGAAAUGGCAGCUAAUACCGCGUUUCAGUACUCGCCAGUUCGGAUUCAUGCCCCAGAAGAGCACCGAGGACGCCCUCUAUACCCUGAUACACCACAUAAAGGGGCAGAUAAAGCUCAAAAAGCUUGUCGCCCUGGUGUCACUAGAUAUAGAGGGAGCCUUCGACAGCGCAUGGUGGCCAGCAAUCAGAAUUCGACUGGCUGAGGAAAAAGUACCGGUAAAUAUCAGGAGGCUACUAGAUAGUUAUCUCGACAACAGAAAAGUCAGACUCAGAUACGCUGGGGAAGAAACGAUAAGAGCUACAAAUAAAGGAUGUGUGCAAGGGUCAAUAGGUGGCCCUAUCCUGUGGAACCUCCUGUUAGACCCACUAUUGCAGGAAAUGGCAAAAAAGAAGUACUUUUGUCAAGCCUUCGCAGACGAUAUAGUGAUGGUAUUCGCGGAAGAUACGGCUCUCGAGAUAGAAAGACAGGCCGGUGACGCCCUGAGUUUUGCUCACGAAUGGGGUGUAGCAAAUAAACUAAAAUUUGCACCGCAAAAGACCUGCGCAAUGACAAUUACCAAUAAAAUAAAAUAUGACACCCCACGUUUGAGCAUGGCCGGGGUGGACAUCGGCAUGACCGAAGAGAUUAAAAUCCUGGGGCUCAUUAUAGAUAGAAAGCUUACUUUUAAUAGACACGUCGCAAGCAUAUGUGCCAAAGGCGCAGAUUUUUACAAGAAAUUAUCGAAAGCCGCAAGGGUUAGCUGGGGGCUACACCCAAAGAUAAUUAAAACAAUUUAUACGGCUGCAAUAGAGCCAGUCAUAAUUUAUGCAGCAGCGGCGUGGGCGCCUGCGGCGGGGAAACUUGGAGUCCAAAAAUAUUUGAACGCGGUCCAGAGAGGUUUCGCCCAGAAGCUCUGUAGAUCCUACCGCACAGUCUCUCUGAACGCGGCACUACUACUGGCCGGGAUACUGCCUCUCGACCUGAGAGUAAAGGAAGCAGCCGCCCUUUAUGAAGCACGGAGAGGGUCAUCCCGCUCAGUACUAGGCGAUCGAGAGACCGAACGAGCGGCUGGAUUUGCGGACGCUCCUCAUCCGGCGAUGCAGAUGGACCUGGAGAUCCGAAGUCUUUCGGACCAGAACCAGGUAGACCUGAACAAUGUGCAGCAGGUGCGAAUAUUCACCGACGGGAGCAAGAUUGGCGGCCGGGUCGGGGCAGCAUUAUCCGUAUGGAAUAAUGAGGUCGAGACCAAGGCAGUCAAACUUAGCCUACCCGCGUACUGCACAGUCUACCAGGCGGAACUCCUGGCCAUCUGCAGAGCCACAGGCGAAAUCCUCAAGAACGGGGGGAGUUCCUUUGGUCUGUACAGUGACUCCAGAGCAGCGCUGGAGACCGUAACGGGCCAAUGGAACCUUCACCCGUUAGCGGUGGAGAUCAGACGCAACUUACAUCGGGCUUUGGUACAAAACAAGAUGGUGUUCUUGUUUUGGAUCAAAGCCCACGCGGGUCUCCCCGGGAACGAACGCGCCGACUGCCUGGCGAAGGAAGCAGCGCUCUCGAGCCGGAGAAAGCCGGACUACGACCAGGUUCCGGUUUCAUUCGUCAAGAGGAACAUUCGUGAGAAGACUCUCGAUGAAUGGAACCGGCGAUACCAGUCGGGAGGGACGGCUUCCGUAACGAGAGCGUUCUUUCCGGACGCGGUUAAGGCAUACAAAAUAAUUAGGAAAAUCAAACUCCAGGGAUACCUAACGCAGAUGCUCACGGGACAUGGUGGGUUCUCCGAAUACUUGCACCGUUUCAAGUGUAAGGAGAACCCAUCAUGUCUAUGCGAUCCACAAGCGGUGGAAUCCACGCUGCAUUGCCUACUAGAGUGCCCUAUCCACCAAACUGACAAAUAUAAUCUAGAACAAAAAACGGGGGUGAAACUAGAAAGGAGUAGCCUACCGGAAUUACUUGAGGAUAAAGAGCACAGGAAAGAUUUCAUGGACUAUUGCAAUAAAAUAUGUAAAAUUCAUCCUAGGACCAAGGAUUCCCGAGACACAGGACACCAAAGUUCGCCCUUAGCUGCUCCCAGGAGGAGUGCCAAAGAUAGCUGUAAAAUCACCGCCAAACAGAGGAGAAUAAGAUCUUUCCAACGACACCCUCCACGAGAAGAUCGGGACGCCGCUGCAGACCCGAGACAGUGCAAAGACUUCGCCCCAUCGGAGGAGCAGCUUCCAACCACCAUCAGAACAGGCCGACAGGUGAGGACCAGAAGAAUCCAACCUUCCCAGCACCCUAUCCCCCCUUGCGAGGACUCAUUUGAACCGGCGUGA